AUGUCCUCCUCCAUCAUGGAGCUUCUUGAGAUAUUUGAUGGCAAUGGGGCUUUCAUUUUCGUGCACAGGCAAGGACACCCCAUACCUGAAUUCGACAUUGCAAGCGGCCACAAUAUCAUCACAGCUGGCAUUCCUUACAGAAGAUGUCCAGAUGCUGAGGUGUUGUUUGUCAUGGAUGACCUCCUUACCAAUGAGGCUCAACGCAGGCGCACUGUGGAAACAAUUGUCAAUGAUUGUUCAGUGAUCACUGUGUAUGCACAGAGUGUGGAGUUGGCCGAACAGCUUGCUUCAGAGGCAAGGAGAAUGAGCCUAGUGUUAUCAGAUGUUGCUCAGGGUCACACCUAG